GUGGAAGCUAAAUGAUGAAAACAAAAUAAAACACGGCACAAAACAAAUUGAUUAAGGACGUUGGCAAUCGAAGUGAAUAAAAUGUUGUUCUAAUUAAUUAUGGAUUUCUAAAAAAGAACGCAUAAAGUAUAAUUUUGCAAAAUCAAAUUAAGACAACGAAACCACGACUAAUUGAAUGACAAACCGCAAUUCAUAAUAUAUGUAUACACCCAAAAUGAAUCGUUCAGACUCGAUAAGGCGGGAUCGCUCCUUCGACAGCGUUCUUAACAAGCUGAUGCGUAUGCGAUCUCAGAAUCAUGAAACCUUCAAAGCAGCCAUGUAUAAUUUUCUAAUUGCUGCUGGAAUCGCAGCAUUUGUGGCCGUCUGCUUUAUUCUGGGACCAUUUGUGCGUCCAUUACUCUGGGCAUUCCUAAUGGGCGCUGUGCUAUUCCCAUUUAAGCGGCGUUUAGCACAAUUGCUGAACGGCUGGUUUGAACGCUUGGAGGAUCGUGAUUCCAAUGUGAUGGUAUCAAUAUGUCUGUCACCACUUGAGGCUACGGAAUAUUGUGGCAGUUUAGUGGUGAGUUGGUUACACGAACACUGGCAAUUGUUGACGGCAGGUGUUGGCGUGGCUGCAUGUAUGAAAUUGUUAGUAUUAUACGCACCCAAAGGGUUCCUGUGUGCCGUUUGGCGUUUUGUAGUUUUCUCACAUAGUACCUUCGUGCAGUUAAUUGGUUUUCUUAAUAUCUAUUUGUUAAUUGCAAUAAUUGUUGUAUACUUGACAUCUGUAUAUUUCUUGUGGAAACCAGAGAACAGCACUAAAUUUGUCAUGGCUGGCCAAUCGCUUUGGGUGGCUAUAGUCAGUUAUGGUUGCAGCUUUUUAGGCGCACUACAAGUACCUGCAUUUAUUUUGAUAAUGUUAUAUGUAGGUGUGUCAAUUAUAUACCAUAUGCGCACCGCGGAGGGCUCAAGCAGUUGUAUAGAAAAGUUAAAAAAGUUGCUGGACAAAACUGACUUUGAAAAGUCCGUCAGCAACAUCAGUAUAAAGAAACCAAGUUUGCAUUCUGACGCUGAAGAUGUCUCUCUGAGCGAAACGAUAGAUUCACUGGACAAUACCGAGUUGUUGGAUGAACAUGAGGAGCCACAUCUAAGUGGUAUCUACUUCAAAUGCCUAUUCUACGCUUGCAUAGCCACAUUUUUGUAUCGCAAUGUGUGGAUGUUCAUAUUGGCCGCCAUACCCAUUUCGCUGCAUUUAUUAUACACCUUGGGCAAUGUGUCUGGUUUUACGGCAUUCAUAUCGAAUAAAAUCAAUGAAGCCUAUGAAAAGCUAAAGUGUUGGGCUAUUGACCACCAUUCAGCCGUAUUGCCGCUCUGUUUGCCCGGUGUGCUGGAAUUGAAUUACAAAAUAAACGCUAUCAUACGCGAUUCACUGAAGUCCUCCGUCGACUUGGUCACUUCCAUACUGAUGAUAAUACUUAUGCUCUUAAUUAUCGUGUUUCUCGGCGUAUUUUUCUGUGUCAAUAUCUAUUCGGAAACAAUUGAGGUCGCUUACUUGGGCAAAGAUCUGAUCAAUAAAACCAUUACGGAUCGUCCGGAAUUGAUCGAUAUCUUACCUGAGAAUAUACAAUCAUCCAUUGAUGAUGCCUUGGAUAAUGCGCAUCAUUAUGGACGUCGAAAAAUCGAAACUUACAUCGAUGAUUGGCUGGCUGAGGCGGAUUCCGUGCAUGCAACCAAACUGAAGGAGCAAAUUUUAGAUGUCUGGGAUCGUUUAAUACAAUACUGGAUUGAUGUGAACAAAUCGGAUUCCACAUAUGGACCACGUGUGCCCACUGAUGCGCUUAAGACGACUUUCGGUGAAAUUGUCGACAAUCCAGGACAUUUUAAAGAGCUAGUUUUAGUGGCAAAACAGGGUAUUAUCGGCUGGGCGCAGAGCAAUACGCAAACCAUACUGGAAGUAGCUGAAUCUCUAUGGCACAUCAUACGUACGAAUCUCUCGAUGAUCAUGAGUUUUACUGGUGAUAUUUUGUCGCUCUUACUGUCUGGCGGACAGGCGUGUGUUGAGUUCAUACUCGAUAUGAUCGUCUUCUUUACCGCGCUAUUCUAUUUGCUCUCGAGCAGUAAUACAAAAUAUGCGCCACUACAAGUUACCAAAAAUUUGGGCUUCUCAACCUCGGGCUCGAAGAUCGCCGAUGCUUUGGAGAAUUCCAUUUCGGGUGUGCUAAUUUCCAUGUUUAAGUGUUCCAUUUUUACGGGUCUCUUCACGUGGCUGGUGCAUACGGUGUUUGGUGCACGCAUUGUCUUCCUACCAUCAGCGUUGGCGGCCAUUUUGUCGGCCGCACCAUUUCUGGGCAGCUAUUGGUGUGCGCUGCCCGCUUUGUUGGAGUUGUGGUUGGCGCAAGAUCGCUUCUAUGCCGGCCUUGUGCUAUUCUUGCUGCAAUUCUUUGUGCCACCCUAUUUCGAAGCCGCCAUAUAUGCGGAGAUGAAGGGUGGCGGACAUCCAUAUUUGACUGGUUUGGCCAUCGCCGGCGGCAUGUAUUGGAUUGGUUGGCAGGGCGCUAUCUUUGGCCCGCUAAUGCUCUGCUUCUUCAUAGGCAUAUUUGAGGUGGCUGCUGUGGCUAUGCGUGCCAACGAGGAUGCAAGACGCAGUUCCGAUGAGGACACCCGCGCGACCAAACGCAGACAUUCCUUUUAUGACUAUUAACACUAAAUGUUUUAAAUGUAAUGUUUAUAAGCUGACUCUAAUUGCAAGCGAAAUUUUUCUGCAUUUUCCAAUGAAUAUAUGUAUUAAUGUGUUGAAUUGAAUUGGCAUAACUACCUCGAAUAGUUGUAUAAAGCAAAAUAUCAACUGUUACUAUAACUAAUGUACUAAACUGCUAUAUGCUAUAAACAUAUAUGUAUAUAUAUAUGUAAAGAUAUUUAUGUAGGCAUCAAAAUGUACGUACUUGAAUUAUAAAUCCACUGAAGUAAUGAUAAACGAACUUAACAAUGAAGAACUAAAAAAAUUGAAGAGAUUUGUGUACAUUGUUGUUGUUUAGUAAUAAAAUUAAAAUUUAAUUUACUUAAAAUUCUCAAAUAAACGAAUUUUUAUCCGCCCACUAUCCAAACAAAUCAUAAAUAUAUAAAAUGAAUUAUUUUUGUAUUGCAUUUUUUUACAAAAUGAAAAAUUGUUUAA